AUGGGACGAUGGCACGAAAAGGCCACGAACGUGAAACGUUCUGACGAGGCAAGCAAUAGUGCUGACAGUCAUGCUACGAGCGAGAACGUGGUUGUGCUAGAGAACGACUUGAUGCGAGCUGAGAUCAGCAAAACAACCGGUUACCUCACGAAGCUGACCAACAAGAAGAAAGACGUACAGAUCCCGCUAUCGCCGGAGGUUGCGUACUAUCAAGCCUUCCAAGACGACGGUCCGAAAUCUGGCGCGUACGUAUUCCGUCCGGACUCGAACAAGACACACUCGGUGACGGACAUGAGUCGAGCAACGACGGACAAGCUGUCCGACGUGGCAAUGGUGGAGCUGCAAACGACGAGAAGCCUUACUGUCGAUGGUGACGUCGUCAGUGUACCGCGGGUCGCGUUCAAGAUCGGCAGCUGGGUCACGCUCGAGCACCGCAUGAGCGACGGUGACGAGUUUCUGGAGAUUGAGUGGACGGUGGGGCCAGUGCCGAUCGACGACAAGAAGGGCAAAGAGGUGAUCGUGCGUUUCGACACCAGCAACAGCAUGGCGUCGGACAGCACACUGUAUACGGACUCGAACGGCCUCGAGUCCAUGAAGCGCGAGGCAGUGGCGGCCAACUACUUUCCCAUGACUACAGGCGCAUACAUCAAGGAUGAUAAGCGCCAAUUGAAUGUGGUGACAGACCGCGCGCAAGGGGUGGCGAGUUUGGUGGAUGGACAGGUCGAAGCGAUGGUUCACCGUCGCCUGCUUGCAGACGACAAUAUGGGUGUACAUGAAAACCUGAACGAGACGGAGUCGGUGUAUGACGAGACCACCAAGACGUACGUAACGAAGGGAAUGGUGGUCCGUGGCAACUUCUUUGUCAACGUGGACUCAGCCGAUGACGGUAUGCGCAGCAUCCGCUCGAAGAUGGAGUCGCAGUUUUUCCAUCCGCUGACGGCGUAUCGUAAGCCCGUUUCGUCCGACGUGGAGGCGAAGGUGCCGUGGUUGACAGUGGGCGAGUUCCCUUCGAACGUAGGUUUGACAACGCUACAAGAGCAGUCGAAGGAAUGUGUGAUGGUGCGUCUGUCGCACUUGUACGCGGUGGACGAGCACUCGAGUCAAUCGAAGCCUGCGACGGUGGACUUCUCCGCGCUGUUCUCGGUGAAGAACUCGGUGGUGUCGGAAGUGAUAGAGCUGGUUCUGACUGGCACGAAGGAGCUGUCGCGAGAGGACAAAGAGCUUGACACGCUGGAGUGGAAGACAACGGACGAAGCUCACGGCUGGUCGCCUCGUUCGCUGCCUGUGAAGGGCACAUCAGUGACGUUGCAGGCGAUGGAAGUGCGUGCUUUCCGCGUGUGCUUCGCGAAGGGUGCAAGCAUGGAUGGGACGGAUGCUGUUGGUGUUCGGAGUCCACAAGAUGACUCGUUCGGUGCUGCACUGCAGGAGUUGGCUGAGAUCGUUGCCGUGGAAUAA